GACGUAGAAUCCCGGAGCCGCCCGGAAGCUCCACCACCUCCCCCCAGAGAAGUCGCGGCGAGAGCUAUGGGUCCGGGCUGGUCGCCCGCGCGGCGUUUAUGGCCGCUGCUGUGGCGCAGGGCGGUCUUCCAGAGAGCCGGCCCCGCAAUGGCUUCGGUUCCCUGGCUUCCGCGGCUGGCAGAGCGAUGGCUUCCCGCGAGGCCCGCGACCUGCCUGACCCCGAGCCUAACGCGCGGCCUGCACCAUGGGCCUCAGCCCGAGGAGCGGACCGCUGGCGACGCUCGCCUGCAGCCCGGACCCGCAGAUCACAUUGGUGCCAAGUUUGACAUCGAUAUGCUGGUUUCACUUCUGAGGCAAGAAAAUGCAAGAGACAUUUGUGUGAUCCAGGUUCCUCCAGAAAUGAGAUACACAGACUACUUUGUGAUUGGGAGUGGGACUUCCACCCGACACUUACACGCUAUGGUCCACUACCUUGUGAAGAUGUAUAAACACCUGAAAUGUAGAAGCGAUCCGUAUGUCAAGAUCGAGGGGAAGGACGCUGACGACUGGCUGUGUGUGGACUUUGGGAGUAUGGUGAUCCAUUUGAUGCUUCCAGAAACCAGAGAAACCUAUGAAUUAGAGAAACUAUGGACUCUACGUUCUUUUGAUGACCAGUUAGCUCAGAUAGCAGCUGAGACGUUACCUGAAGACUUCAUUCUUGGACUGGAAGAUGACACUUCAUCCCUGACUCCAGUGGAGUUCAAAUGCCAAACUACUAUCUUGGAGCCUUCAGAGAAGAGUGUAAAGAAGCUACCAGGUUUAUGAAGACAAGAGCCCACAGGUUGAUUCCUGCCAACCCAACUGCAAGCUGCCAACAUGGCCAGCGAAGACACCGAGCAUGCACGUUGCCAGCUCCAGCUCUUGGCUAGUACUCUGGCUGGCAACUCUCACUUCCCUACUGUUUGGGCAUUUCUGAAAGGAGCAUUUCCUGUCAUUUAUAAACGAGGGUCUUGCCAAUUAAGUACUGAGUGAACUAGGUUCCAGGCAAGAACUAGAGACUCUCUGAAAUCUUUUGAAAGAUACAUCACUUUGGCUGGUUGGAGAAAUCAACCUCACAGGUUCUGGGAGAGAGAAUACUUUGGAAGGAUGAGUGAGUAGAGAUCUGGAAUGGAACAGGGGCAAGAAGUUUAUCCACAGACAGCCCAUUCCUCUCACACAGCAGAAGUAAAUAAAUCUACAUAAAGAAGACAGACAAUUCUAAAAGUCCAUAAAAAGUCGUGGGGGUGGGGGUGGGGGGUGGUUUACACAUCAAAAUCUACUUCUCAGGGCUAGGGAGAUGUGUUAGUCAAUAAAUGAAAGCCUGAGUUUGGAAGCCAGCACUUAUGAGAAACCAGGCACAGCAGCAUGCACCUAUACAUCUGAGCAUCAUCUACACAGGGGACUCCCUGGAGCUUACUGGCUGACAGCUGAGCCAGACCAAUGAGACCAGAUUCAGUGAAAAAAACUUUAUUCCAAUUUACUCCAAAAAAUAAGGUGGAGGGCUACAGAGAUGGCUCAGUGGCCCAAAGUACUUGUCACAUAAGCAUGAGGAUCCGAGGCGAGGCAGGCAGCUGCCUCGGACAAGAAUGAAGUCUAAGACUGCACCCCCAACUCUGACUUCCACACCUGAGCUGUAGUGCAUGUACAUCCAUACACAUGUGCAUGCCUACAUGUACACAUACACCAUAUAAAGAAACACAAACACAUACCAUAUAGACUCAUGAACACACAGAAACAUACAAUAGAAAAAAAUAGGGCAGAGAUCAAGAGGAUGAUGCACAAAACCGAUCCCUGAUCUCCACGUGCACAUUGAUGCAGUGCACCCUACAAAUACAUGCACACUCACACAUAUGUGCACACACACACAAACUCCUCUUAACAAGCAAUAUGCAUUUAUAAUAAAAGCAGAGAUUCACUCUUAACCCACACAACAUCAAAGAUGAAGAUGGUUUUUAAUAAGUAUUUUGAAUUCUCUGAGAUAAAUGCCAAUAGCAAGGUCUUUCUUUUGGAACUGAACAUCAAUCAGAUCCAGAGCUUUGCACAGUAAAGAGCUCUACCACUGAGCUAUCUCCCUAGCCCAGAACAGGAAAGAACAGGAAGAAAGCAAGCUUCUUAUCACAAUAUGGUCACCUCAGUGUGGCAGAGGGUCACCUUCACCACUCUCAGAGUAAAUGCCGGGAACCCUUAGCUCAUCCCAGGACCCACAACACUCCAUUCUUCAGUGAGGUAAUAACAAAAGGAACAGACAAGGGAAUGCUGAGGGGUGGGGAUGUAGCUCAGUUAGCAGAAGCCUGCUUAGCAUGUGCAUAGCCCUGAGUCCAAUCCCCACCCAACAGAAAACUAAACAGUGUAGUGCAUACUUGUGAUCCUAACACUUCAGAGAAAGAAGCUUGAGACCAGAAAUUCAGGAUCAUUCUUGGCUACACAGUGAGUUCAAGGCCAACCUGGAUUAUAUGAGACCUUGUCUGAAAAAAGAACAAAACAAAACAAAACUGGUAAGGCUUUGGUAAAUUUAACAGUUGUCCUUAAAAAUUCUAGUUUCAGGGUUGGAGAGAUGGCUAGCAGUUGCGAGAGCACUUGCUGCUUCUCUAGACAGCCUGAGUUCAAUUCCCAGAAUUUACAUGUUGUCUUACAAUCUUUUGAAACAACUGCUCCAGGGGAUCCAAAACCCUCCUCUGGCCUUCUCAUACAUAUGUUACACAGACAUAUGCAAGCCAAUUAUUUUAUAUGCAUAUAAAAUAAUUUAAAAAAUGUAUUUCCCAAAGUAGUCCCACUUACCAAGUACAAAUAGCUAAGUACAGUUACAUAUAUACUACUUCCUGCCUUCAAGUCCUCUAGUGGAUGCUGAAGGCCACUGAGGCUUCAAAACCCUAUACACACUGUGGUUUCUCUAUAGCUACUUCUGAGAUACACCAGAGAGAAAUGCACUAGAACAAUAACAAAACAGAAAAAAAGCUGUACAAGGGAGUGUACUAUGUCUCCUCAAUGAAUAUUAGCAAUGGUCAACUAUGGGUUAAUUCAAACUGGGGGACUAUCAUAUCAGUGAUUUAAAUUUAGAAAUAAAGCUGAGAAUCAUAGACAUCCAUGUGAAAGCAGAAUUUAUUUCAGGUGGUAUCCACAAACACAAGAUGAUUCUCAGAACACCUGUUUAUACUCUGCACGUCAAUAAAAAUAGCCCAUAGGUGUGGGGACUAUGACAGGAAAUGUCCUCCCAUAUAACUCUGAGUCUCGCUUUCUCUCUGAAAGAACUCACAGGCUCCGGAGUUUCCUUUAAGAGGUGAAAAGGCUCACUCCACCUAGACUGACAGGAAUGGCUGCUCCAACAUCUAUUUUCCUACCCAUGUUUAAUAGAAACACUGCUACCUCUAGAACAAUUGCUUCCCAGCUUCCUUGCAGCUAGACAAAGCUGGGUGCCUCUCAAGGGUUAAAUAUCAACACAGGCUUCAGAUACUGCCCUUACAAGCGUUGACAUUUUUUGUUUCUUUGCUGGCUGGACUGAAAACCACUAGCUAGAGCCUGAGUAACUACUUUGGGCUGGAGAAUGGUGUUAAACAGUCCUGGGAGGAGGAGGCUCAGCACUGGCUUUGGGCCGUCUACCUUUGACCCCAGGACCUAGCCCUCUGCUCCCAUAACACACAGGCAAGCACAGUCUCCAUCUACACAGCAGACCACAGUAGAUUCAGAAGACUGAGAAUGGACGUGUGGCGGCUCCCACAGACAUGCUUUAGCUUGAUGGAUGCCUAGAGUUUGAAUGACAGCUGCUCUCAAGAUAAAAGGGUAAAGGUAUUUGGUCGUGGUGGUGGCUUUUAAACUAUUCUCUGAAAUAAAACAGAACAGGAUAGAAAGAAGAACACAUCAGCAGGGUGUUUGUGCUCACCUCAAAUCUUUUCUCACAUGCACCAAUGUGAAAAGAAAAUAUGUGUACCUCCAGCAAUUGUGUCUCCUCUCCUGCCUAGUAAACACUCUCGUGGAACAGCUCUUGACAAUGAGCAAGCAGCAAGAAACCUCCUGUCAACACUUAAAGCCACAGUGCAAGCUCUGCCCUCUCCCACUGAGAUCUGAUUCAGGAAAGUGGGACAGUGGGUGGCUGCUGCUGCCAGUCUCACUACAGACCAAGUCACCCGGGGAGCUGUCAAAGUGAAGCUGGGCAGGGCCCUUCCCAGGGGAGUCUAAUCAACCUGGGAACUAGAAUUACAAUUCCUGGGGGAAAUUAUAGCCAGAGAAAAGCUAGUUUCACCUCAGGCAGGGAGAUAGUAAUGCUGAACUCCACAGACAACUGCAGUGAAUGAGUGAGAAAGGCACCAGGGAGGGAUGACCACAGCAAGGCAAGUACAGAAAGGAAGGCUGGAAAAACAAGGGGGUGGAAAAAGAGAAGAGAACCCUCACCCCAAGAUCCAGCUUAAAUUUCCUGCUAACUUUCACAGGACUGAUAAAAACCAAUGUUUGUUUGUUUAUUAUUAUUAUUAUUAUUGGUGUGUGUGUGUGUGUGUGUGUAUGUAUGUCUGGUGCCUGUGGAGGCCAGAUGAUGAUGUCAGGUCCCCUAGGACUGAAGUUACAGGCAGUCAUGACCUAGAAAUUGAACCUGGAUCCUUUGGAAGAGCAGCCAGUACCCUUAUCCACCAAACCAUCUCUCUAGCCCCCUAAAACCAACGUUUUUUAAAGACAUCACCAUCGGGAUACAAAAAGCAAAAACUAAGUUACACUUCUUUCCUAUAGCCAGAGUGUUUGUGGCCUUGACUUUACCUGUCCUAGCAUUCUCUGAUACCUAAAUAUACCUCACAAAAAUACCUUACAAUUCUAUUGGCAAUUCUAAGGAAAUUCUUUAAGAAAAUAAGUAAAUUACACAAGUUUUUGUGUAGUUUUUUUUUUUGGGGGGGGGAUAUUUUUCUUUUUUGAGACAAGGUUCCUCUGUAUAGCCCUGGCUGUCCUGGAACUAACUCUGUGACCAGGCUGGCCUUGAACUCAGAAAUCCACCUGCCUCUGCCUCCCUAGUGCUGAGAUUAAAGGCAUGCGCCACCACUGCCCAGCUUUUGUGUAGUUUUAAACUCUGCUUUCUGGGGGAUCAUGGAGAUAGGGUCUGUACUUAGCUCUGACUCUCCUGGAACUCACUAUGUAGACCUAACUGGCCUUGAACCCAGAGAUCCAUCCAUCUGCCUCUAUUUCCUAAGUGCUUAGCAUCAACACAGGCCUCUCUAUCCCCCAUACACCAUACUUGCUUUCAACUUGAGGUCUUGCUCUGUAGCCUAGGCUUGCCUGGACCCACCAAGUAGCCCAACCUGACCUAGAACUCGCAGCAAUAUUCAUGCCCCAGCCACUGGAGGCUGAGACUACAGGUUUUCCAUUCUGAAAACAGACCCAGGGCAAUAAGGAGUCUGACCUUCAGCAGCAUAAAUUUACAGCAGAGCUAGGUCAGACUUGGGGUGACUCCAAUCUUCUUUCCUCAAGAUAGUCACCAUCAGGAGCAAAGCUGCCAGCUCCUUCAUAGUACCCAAAUCUGAGCUGAAGGCUUUACAUGAUGUGUAUGAUCCAUUCAGACUUGAUAUUCAGUUGACAAUCUGUGUACACUGUACUGGAGCAGGUUCUUCAGGAUGCCCAGGGUGAUGUGAACUUGUCAGUUCAAGCAGUCCUCUCUUCUUUAGUCUGUCCCACCCCCACCAAGUGGCUGAAGAUACCGUGCAUACAUACUAUCACUUCCAGGUGCUUAUUUAGUCACCACUGUUAAAGCCAACCUCAAUUUGUUACAUAGUUUCCAGGUUUAAAUAACUGGAUAUGGCAGGUGAGUUGCAGAGAAAGAUACAAGAUUCAAGGCAGAAACCUAGAGGCAGGAACA